UAAGCGCGCGCCUUCCAGAGGGGGCGUUGCGAGCGAGAGGAGGGAGGCAGCGCGCGUGGAGAUGCCUCGCGGCGGCCGCUUUCACAGUCACAAGAGAAAAAGGAGUGGGAGUAUAGAGUAUUCAUCCUUUCCAGAAGAGAAGCCACUACAGUGCAGAACAGGUCUCAGGACAGUGGGAACAGCUGCCUCCCUCUCUGAAGCAUGGCUUAAGUGUGGAGAAGGAUUUCAGGACACUCCUGGGACUCAGUCAUUAACAACUGGAAGGGUGACUCUUACAGAAAAGGACCUUGAAUUAGCUACAAGACCAAAGAAAGAAACUACUACAUCUAAGAAUACCAGUGAGCCUACAGAUAUAACAUGGAGUUCCAGUGGAAGUGAUCUGUCAGAUGAAGACAAAACACUUUCUAAAUCACAGAGAGAUAAUGAACAGUUCAUUGACUGGGAGAUCGACAGUGACAGGGAAGAUGCUAGUGAAUAUAAUGAAUGGGAAGAUGGCAAAAGUGCUGUAGAAAUCUCAGAUUGUGCCUCUUGUGCAAGUAGUCAUUCUGUGACAAAUGAUGAGAGAUUAUCUGAGCUUCCUAAGCCAAUUUUUGCAGAAAUUUUGGAGUAUUCAUCAGAUAGCCACAAAGAAGAUGACUCAGAAAAUGUCCUAUUCAUUGAUUCAGAAUCCCCUCACAAAUACCACAUGGAAUAUGGUUCUGAUGCAAGACAAGUUAUGGAUAGACUGAGCAACCCAAGGCUGAAAUCAGAGACUGUCUUGGGUACACCCCAGAAACAGACAGCUAAGUUUCCCAGGACUCCAGAAAAUUCAGCAAAGAAGAAGAAACUUUUAAGAGGCGGGCUAGCAGAAAGACUAACCAGAUUGCAAAACCGAGAGAGAUCUGCCAUUUCUCUGUGGAGACAUCAACAUGUUUCUUACCAAAAGACAAUUUCAGGUACAAAAUCUGGUGUAUUAACUGUGAAAAUUCUAGAGCUGCAUGAGGAAUGCACCAUGCAAGUUGCCAUGUGUGAACAACUAGUGGGGUCACCAGCUGCCAUCCCUUCCAGGGGUGUGGCUACUGGGCCUGAAACCAACCUGAAAGUUCUCUUCACUCAGGAGACUGCUUGUUAUCUCAGGGGAUGUCCCCAGGAUGUUAUCCACAUCUUUCCUCCCUGGCAAAAACUUAUUAUCCCAAAUGGAGGUUGCCCUAUUAUUCUGAAUACUUAUUUCUGUCAGAAAGUUUUUACCAAAGAAGAUUCAGAAACAACUCACAAACUGUACUGUCAUGACGUACUCCUUCCAAGAAGAAACAUCACUUUGGCCCAGAUGUUUAAAAUUAAGGAUCUAUCCAAUAAUUCACCUGAAAGCCAGGUUGUGUAUAGAGACCUGGCUACCACAGGCAAAGACUGGACCAAUGGGCCCAAAAAGGCAAAGCAGCACUUCACAGCUGAAUCCCCCUUUAGUGAUUCUCUCCUGGAUGUGGUAGAAAGCCAAGGAGCUUCCCCGUGGUCAGGAGUGGGGGUCCAAGUCGUGGUGCAGAGAGUUUACUCACUACCUGGCAGAGAUGGCACUGGAAGCCAGCAGGAGAGUAGCUCAGGGCAUGCAGAUCCACCUGAGCCAAGAAUCUGCCUUUUGGUGCAAGAUGCCUACGGGAUGUUUGGUGAAGUGUACUUGGAGGUUGCCAUGUUGAAGGGCAAACAGUUGGAAGGGAAGUCCUGCCAGUUGGCAGGAAUGAAGGUUCUACAGAAGACCACCAGAGGAAGGACACCAGGGCUCUUCAGUUUGAUUGACACCAUAUGGCGUCCAGCAAUACCCCUGAAAUCACCUGGACAUGGCCAGCCCUGUGAAGAGGUAAAAACUCAUCUGCCUCCUCCUUCCUUCUGUUACAUCCUCUCAGCUCAUCCCAAUCUUGGACAAAUUGAUAUGAUUGAAGGAGACCCCAUUUCUAAGCUUUACCAGCCUCCAGUUCUCCUUUGCCUAAGAGAUAUUCUCCAGACUGACAAUCUGGGUGCCCGCUGCAGUUUCUAUGCCAGAGUGAUUUAUCAAAGACCACAGCUGAAGAGUCUGCUUCUUUUGGCGCAAAGGGAGAUUUGGCUGUUGGUGACUGACAUCACCCUGCAAACAAAGGAUGGGAAUGACCACCACCUCCCCAAAAUUCUGCCAGUUUGUGUGACCCCCUCAUGUGUCCUGGGCCUGGAAAUUCUAGAAGCACUCUCUGUGGCUGCACCUCAUAGCAUCCUCUUCAGGGAUGCUCUCCGAGAUCAGGGUCAGAUUGUUUGUGUUGAACGGACUGUCCUGUUGCUUCAAAAACCCUUUGGGUGUGUGGCCUCUGGUGCUGGCUCCUGUGAGCUGACUGGCCCAGUGAUACUGGAUGAACUGGACUCCCUCACACCUGUUAAUUCCAUUUGCAGUGUUCAAGGCACUGUGGUUGGAGUGGAUGAGAACACUGCUUUCUCAUGGCCUACAUGUGACUGGUGUGGCAAUGGGAGAUUGGAACAAAGGCCAGAAGAUGGAGGUACCUUUUUCUGUGGGGACUGUUCCAAGUUGAUCACAUCUCCUGUUCUCAAGAGGCACCUACAGGUCUUUCUGGACUGCCCCUCAAGGCCCCAGUGCAACGUGAAGGUCAAGCUGUUGCAGGGCAGUAUUUCUUCACUGCUGAGGUUUGCCGCCUGUGAGGAUGGGACUUAUGAAGUGAAGAGUGUACUCGGAAAGGAGGUGGGGUUGUUAAGUUGUUUUGUCCAUUCCAUAACCACCCACCCGACUAACUUCAUUGGAUUGGAGGAAAUUGAGAUUCUGAGUGCAGGAGGAACCUCUGCUGAAGGCCAGCGAUUGCAACUGGAUCUGUGAACUUUGCAAUGUGACUGCAAGGGUCAGGGUGGGGGGCCGGGUAUGGUAGUUAUUUGUUAACUAUGGAUAGAGUGAAUGUAUUUUAUGAUCUUAAAAUGAAACUUCCAUUUUUCUGGGACAAAUGUAAGAUGUUUUUGUAAACUAUAAAUAAAAAGAUCUUUUCUAUGGCUUUAUUACCUUUCCACAAAUUUAGGAAUAUGUUUCUAAAGCUUUAUGUUUAUGUGAGGCAAUAAUAUUGGAAAUAAUUAUUUUGUUCAAUUAUAGCUUUGCAGUAUUCAAAUUUUUAUCAUGAUCCAUCAUCUUUUCCUUGUGUAUUUUCAUUUCCCCAAAGAAAAAUACCCUGCAAAGCUUAAAACCUUUGUCCCACAUUGUGGUAUUACUGUUCUGAUACAAUAAAUGUCCAAUCUAAGCAUUCUGCAG